AUUUACUUCACCGCAACUCUUCCAUAACUGCUGCUGGUUUGGUGGACCGCCAACAACGCACAAACCAAACUCCCUUCCUUGCUUGCGAGCCUUUCUUCCUUCCUUGCUGUGCUUGCUUCCUUUCCUUCCUUUCUUCUUUGCUUGUUUGCUUCACUUGCUGUUGGCUUGCUUGACUGUUUCUGUCUCUAUCUGUUUGUGGUUGGCGCAUCAUGUUUAUGCUUGGGUCGCUGUUUGAGGCGGCGUUGUUGUUAGUCAACGCUGUCGCCAUCCUUCAAGACACAACCCCGAGUUUGCACGAAGGGAGGCCGCCAGUCAAACGAUUCCUUGCAAAGAUGGGAUGGACGCAUGCUGAGGACGAAACAAGCGUCAAGGGAAAGAUUAUCACCAUGAUUAACGCCGUCAGAACACUCAUGAGAUUGCCUUUGAUCUUCGUCAACUUGCUUGUUGCGGUGUACCUCAUUCUCGCUGGUUAAGUGGGCGCUUCCGCUGAUGCAAGCUACGCGAUUCAGUAAAAUUGGAGCAACGAUGGCGUCGCUGUUACACGCGCUUGCGCUGCUCCACUGGCGAUUGUGGCAACCAACUUGCUGAUGUAUUUGUUGAUCAUGUACUCGGAUACAUGCAAUGCCCCGUGGCUGCUCUCUUGGGCUGAUUGCUUUGUUUGCUCGAUGGAAUGGGCUGGUUUGUUGGGUUCGUUGAUGUGCAUUGGUUUGUUUGAUAUGCACAGAGACUUGAGGCAUGAACGUGUAAGUAAAAGACAGCAAUGAAGCAAGGCAGAAG